CAUGUGAAGUGAGCUUUCAGUUUCGAUAUCAAUAACCUCGCUCAAGGCUGUGUUCGUGCGCGACUCCUGGACUUGGGCUUGGAUUAUGGUCGUCUGUAGUUGUGUACAGAUAUAAGCGAUGUCUGUGUCUGUGCUGUGCGUGUUCGUGACGGCUGUGAUCGCGCUACAGCAAGCCGAGUGUCUCAAGAGGACGUAUUAUAUAGCCAUAAAAGAGGACUUCUGGGAUUACGCGCCGAGCGGCAGAAACCUCAUCACUAACCGAAGCAUUGAGCAAGAUGAACAUGCGUCGUUGUUUCUGUCAAAAGGCAAGACCCGGAUAGGGAGUGUUUACAAGAAAGCUUUGUACAGACAGUACACAGAUGGCUCUUAUUCCAAGGAAAUAGCUAAACCUACCUGGCUUGGCUUCCUUGGACCCAUUAUAAGAGCUGAGGUCGGAGAUGUCAUAGAAGUGCACUUGAAGAACUUUGCAAACAGGACUUAUUCUCUCCACCCUCAUGGAGUCUUCUAUGACAAGAAUUCAGAAGGAGCGUUGUAUCCGGAUGGCACGACUGGUCGUGAUAAGAGUGAUGAUGAAGUGGCUCCAGGUGAGAGCUACACAUACACCUGGCAGGUCAAACCAGAGUACGCUCCUACUGAAGCAGAUGCCCGCUGUCUCACCUGGAUUUACCAUUCACAUGUUGAUUCACCAAAAGACAUUGCAUCAGGGCUGAUAGGACCACUGCUCAUCUGCAAACGUAACUCUUUAGGCUCUAGCCAAAAGCGCUCUGAUGUGGAUGAAGAUUUCAUUUUGAUGUUCAGUGUGGUGGAUGAGAACUUGAGCUGGUACAUGACGGAGAAUAUAGGGUUAUGCUCUGAUCCAGUUUCAGCAAAACAACUUGAUGAAGAUGUAGACGAGGACUUCAGAGAGUCCAACCUCAUGCACUCAAUCAAUGGCUAUGUUUAUGGUAAUUUGCCUGAGCUGAAAGUGUGUGUCGGACGUCCCGUGUCUUGGCAUCUCUUCAGCAUUGGCAAUGAGGUGGACAUUCAUUCAGCUUAUUUCCAUGGCCACACCGUCCUGGAUCGCAUGCACCGCACAGAUGUGCUUAGUCUGUUUCCGGGCACUUUUGUCACAGCAACAAUGAUCCCCAGAACAGAAGGAAAAUGGUUGUUAAGCUGCCAAGUCAACGAACAUGUACAAGCAGGUAUGCAGAGUUUCUAUGAAGUCUCGGCCUGUGGCUCCUCAGUCUCUCCAACAGAGGCCCCUGGCCAAGAGAGACAUUUCUACAUCGCUGCUGAGGAGAUGGUUUGGGACUACGCCCCUUCAGGGAUGAACUAUAUGACAAAUAAAUCACUUACUGAACCAGACAGUGACUCUGAAUCGUAUUUCAGUCGUGAUGGUGGUAAGCUGGGUGGAAAAUACAAGAAGGCCAGAUACAUUUCAUACACUGAUGACACAUUUACUACCAAAACACAUAUUGUGGGCUCAGAUGUGCAUCUUGGAAUUCUGGGUCCUGUAAUCAGAGCAGAGGCUGGUGACGUCAUCAUCGUGACGUUCUUCAACAAAGCUACACGUGAAUACAGCAUUCAGCCACAUGGUCUGCAUUAUGAGAAGACCUAUGAAGGAGCAAAGUAUACGGAUGGUACUCAGAAAACUGGAGCCUCUGUGGCUCCUGGUGAAAAGUUCACCUAUCGUUGGAGAGCAAUUGAAGGUCCCUCCAGCAGUGAUCCUCCUUGUCUUUCAUACCUCUACUAUUCUGCUGUUGAUCCUGUUCGGGACACUAACUCUGGUUUAUUUGGGCCCAUACAAGUGUGCAAGAAAGGUGUUCUUGAUGGAAGUAGCCAUCAGUAUGCCAACAAAAUUCAGCAUGAGUUUUUUCUCCUGUUCUCUGUGAUGGAUGAGAAUGAAAGCUGGUAUCUGCAAGAAAACAUUAAACAGUUUGGCAGUCGUGAUUCAAAUCCAAAUAAUUUGGAGUUUCAGGAAAGCAAUAAGAUGCACGCGGUGAAUGGCUUCAUGUAUGGAAACCUGCCUGCUCUGGACUUGUGUGACGGAGAACAUGUUAUGUGGCACAUACUUGGCUUGGGCUCUGAGGUGGAUAUCCAUGGGGUGUAUUUCGAGGGUAACACGUUUCAACGAGACGGGAUGAACCGUGACACUCUCAAUGUCUUCCCGCAUACAGCAGUGACUGUUUCUAUGACACCUGACAAUAAUGGCCAGUUUGAGCUCAGCUGUCUUACGGGUGAACACUACCAAGCUGGCAUGCGUCAACAUUAUGAAGUCAAGUCCUGUUCAGCAGUGACUCCUGCAGCAGAACAUUUCCCCUCCACAGUGCAGUACUUCAUAGCAGCAGAGGAGGUCGAGUGGAAUUAUGCUCCAGACCGCACAUGGGAACUGGAGAAACACAAAACUACAGAGUACAGCCCUGGAGAAAUCUAUCUUGAACAUUCAAAAUAUAGAAUUGGUCCAAAAUAUAAGAAGGUGGUGUUUCGGGAAUAUUUAGAUAAAACUUUUACUGAAAGAAAACCCAGACGUCCAGAGGAGGAGCACUUGGAAAUAAUGGGACCUAUCAUUAGAGCUGAGGUAGGUGAGAGGAUUCAAGUUGUGUUUAAAAACAAAGCCAGAAGGCCAUAUUCUGUUCAUGCCCAUGGAGUGAAGACCAGUAAAACCCACCAGAACGGUGUUCAGCCAGGUGAUACGAUGACAUACAGCUGGACCAUUCCAAAGCGAUCAGGUCCAGGUCCCAAUGAUCCAAACUGUAUAACGUAUGCCUACUACUCAUCUGUCAGCCUAGUUGAGGACUUGAUGAGCGGUUUGGUGGGUCCACUGAUAGUGUGCCGUAAAGGCACCCUGAACGCUGACAGACGUAGGACAGACAUUGACAAAGAGUUUGCCCUACUUUUCACAAUUUUCAGUGAAAAUGAGUCCCACUACCUGGAUGAAAACAUAAAAACCUACCUCAACACAGACCCAGAAAAAUUUACAGAAAAAUAUGAUGGGGACUUUAUAGAGAGCAACAAAAUGCAUGGUAUUAAUGGAAAGAUGUAUGCUAACCUCCAUGGGUUGAAUAUGACAGAGAAUGACAGGAUAGAGUGGUAUAUGAUAGGACUGGGGAAUGAAGUGGACAUGCACACUGUGCAUUUCCAUGCUCAGAGCUUCAUUUACAAAACGGAUCGUCCUCAUCGUGCUGAUGUAUUCGACCUGUUCCCAGGAACAUUUCAGACCAUAGAGAUGACUGCAGAAAGUCCUGGACAGUGGCUGCUUCACUGCCAUGUGUCCGACCACAUCCAUGCUGGGAUGGAGACGCUUUUCACUGUUCAUCCUAGAGGUAGAGCUGGGGGAAAUCCAGACAGAGCCUUCAGUCAUUUUCUGUCUACUCUGAUGUUGUGUCUCCUUGGAGUGGUCCUGUCACACUUCGUAGCACACUGAGACAAGAUCAAAG